ACCAUGUCAACCACAUGCAUUUUUCUCCCUUUCAAACAAAGGGACGAUCUGAGCCUAGUAGAGAGGAUUUAUAUGGAGCCGUUAUGUUGGGAACAAAGGCAGGCAAGUGUCCUUUAAAGGCACAGGCCUGGCUGGAUAGAAUUAUAUUAGACGAAAUCAGCUUGGGAAGCCAUUUGACUUCAAGGAGCUGAACUUCCACACGUAACUGAACACUCUUAAAGUUUUGUUUUUCUUAGUUCUCUCUUGACUUCUGGGGGGAAACUUCCUCUAGUUUUCUUUUAGUGUUCUUACACACCGAUUGGGUAGACUAGUGUUAACUUGGGUGAAGGCAUCCAGAGGGUGGCUGUUGCUGUCAGGUGCCAUUGAGCGGCUCUGACUCACAGAGACCCCACCCACAAGAGGAGCACCCCACCAGGUCCUGCACGGUCCUCCCCAUUGUUCGUAUGUGUGAGUCCAGUGUUGCAGCCACUGUGCCAGUCGACCUCGGAGCAGGGCUUCCUCCUUUCCACCGCCUUUCUCCAGGGACUGGCUCGCCUGUCCAUGGUAUGUGCGACGGUCUCCCGUCCUUGCCUCUACGGAGCUGUCUGGCUGUACUUCUAUGAGGGCAGAUUUGCUGGUUCUUCUGGUGUCCGUGGGGAACAAUGAUGGAACCAGGGCAAGACUCUGGGAGGUGUGAUAAGCUGUUGACUGUAAGAUAGGUGAUCUACUGUGUGAGCGAGUCAUCUAAUUCUCAAUUAAAAGUUUUAAAACACUCCCUUUACAUACACGCAUUGUUUUGCAUGCCUCCUUAUCCCCUAGUUUACUUACUCUCCUUCAUUGAUCAUGUAAUUAUUUCUCAAGGAAUUUCUGACCCUCUGGUUUGCCAAACUCCUGGGAAAACUAGUUGCCUUGUCUGUUCCUCACCGAUGCUUUGCUCCUCACAAAUUUCUGUGUCUCUGUCAGUCUCUCCACAGGAUGAUCGUAGACAAGAGUGUUCCAGCGAACAUAUAAUCAUGCGAUUCAUGAGGAACGACUCCUGGUCGUCUGUAUUAGGAGAAAUCUGUGGCAGCAAAAAUCACUACAACCACCAGGAAAGACCUCCGAGCAGGAAAUGUGCGGUAGAGGACGUCUCGGAGAGCAUCUUCACCCCUAGAGCGGACCAGAAAGAAGACGAGCACAAUGGAAAGUUCUUCCGCCAGAUUGCAAAUUUUAAUAUACUCGAAGGAACCCCUGUUGGUGUGAAUUCUUUUGAAUUUUGUGAGGAUGGCGACAACACAUUCAGCCCUUACAGUGGAUACAAACCUUAUCAGUACAUGGAAUGUGGAGAAAUCUGCAGUUGCUCUUAUUUAAACCCUCACUUAAAAGCACUUGCUGGAGAGAAACCCUGUAACUGUAUGUAUUAUGGGAAACCUUGCAGUUGUUUCUCAUGCCUCAAUGAACAUAAAAUAACACACAGUGAAGCGAGGCCUUAUGAAUGUAAAGAAUGUGGGAAAGCCUUUAGGCAACCAGCAACACUAACUAACCAUGUAAAUAUCCACAGUGGAGAGAGGCCUUAUGUAUGUAAGGAAUGUGGAAAGGCCUUUAGUCACCCUUCCACACUAAAUAGACAUAGAAGAAUUCACAGUGAAGAGCGGAUCUAUGAAUGUAAAGAAUGUGGGAAAGUCUUUAGUCGUCCCUCAACACUAACAUAUCAUAUGAAUAUUCACAGGGGAGAGAGGCCUUAUGAAUGUAAGGACUGUGGAAAAGCCUUUAGCUAUCCCUCAACGCUAACUGAACAUGUGAGAACGCACAGUGGGAAAAGGCCUUAUGAGUGUAUGGAAUGUGGAAAAACCUUUAGUCAUCCCUCAGCACUAACUAAGCAUACAAGAACUCACAGCAGAGAGAAGCCUUAUGAAUGUAAGGAAUGUGGGAAAGCCUUUAGUUAUUCCUCAACACUAACUGAACAUAAAAGAACACACAGUGGAAAGAGGCCUUAUGAAUGUACAGUAUGUGGGAAAACCUUUAAGCAUCUUUCAACGUUAACUAAUCAUAUGAGGAGUCACAACAGAGAGCAGCCUUAUGAGUGUGCAGACUGCGGGAAAGCCUUUAGUCGGUCCUCGUACCUUACCAAACACAGCAGAACACACACCAGAGAGAAGCCUUAUAGAUGCGAGGAGUGUGGGAAAGCGUUCCGCCAGUCCUCACACCUCACGCAACACAAAAUAGCUCACUGGACACAGAGGCCUUGUGUGUAAAGCAAGAUGGGAAGGCCUUUGCCAGCUCAUCUCACUUCAAGGAGCACUGACUUCACUGUGGAUCAGCCCUGUAAGGAAUUUAAGGAAUAGGAGGAAACCUAUAUUCCUUCAUCCUGCCUCAUUGUUUUAUAUAAGAAGCCUGGUUUUAUGUCAGGAAUGAGAGACACUCCGUUUCCCUGAGGUCUGUAAAGACAUGUAAGAAGACUCCUCAGAGAGAAAGGAUCCAUGUGUAGUGUUGUGGGAGAGCUUUCAGUCAUCCUCCGUCUUUCUGAAAAACUGAAAGGAUGUGCAGAUGAUGGACACCGAGUAGUUUAAAGAAAAUGUUAAGGGAGCGUUUUAGCUUUUGCCCUGAUACUUUCCAAGAUGGUGAUGAUUCACACAUGUGAACCUUCACGAAUCACCUCUUGAUAGAUAGGACCAGCCGCAUUUGAAAUAAAUUAUGCAUAUAUAAGUAACACAAAA